ACCACUGAAACCACGACCACACCUGAGACUACCACAACUCCGGAAGAAACUACCACUGAAACCACGACCACACCUGAGACUACCACAACUCCGGAAGAAACUACCACUGAAACCACGACCACACCUGAGACUACCACAACUCCGGAAGAAACUACCACUGAAACCACGACCACACCUGAGACUACCACAACUCCGGAAGAAACUACCACUGAAACCACGACCACACCUGAGACUACCACAACUCCGGAAGAAAGUGAGU